UGCCACCAGAGCUUGACUGGCCAGUGAGGCAGCGACCACUUCAUUCGUUGCAAGUACAGCACACUCACUCACACUCGCCGGUCGCCACUCCAGCAGCUGACCACUGAGGCUGGGAGCGCGGCGAGCGAGCUGAGGGCGGAGGGCGGAGGCCGAGAUGGCGACCGACGGGGUGUCGAGGCUGAGCGUGGGGGUGAGCGUCAUGGUGGCGCUCAGCCUGGCCGUCUUCCUCACCAUCGUCAUCCUCCUCCUCGCCGACCUCUUCUGCUCCCACCUCCGCCGCCGCCGCCUCCGCGCGGACGCCAUCGAGGCGCCGCCGCACAAGUGGCCGAAGCACGGCCAUGGGGGCGCGGGGUCCUCAUCCCCGCCGCACAUUACCGGCACGGCCGACGACGCGUCCGUGUCCACCACGGCGCGCGGGGCGCUCACCAGCACCCCGCCCUUCUACUACGCGCACGGCGUCAUGUGCGCGCCCACCCGCAAGGACCUGCUCCUCGCCAUCCCCAGGCUGGAGGCCGCCGUGUGGCGGUGGUCGCCCGCGCGCCGCUCCUCGCCCUCGCCCUCGCCCUCGCCGCCGCGGUCCGACGAGCCCACCGCCCGCGGCUCCUCCUCCUCCGCUCACAGCGACGGCCUCAUGUACAUCUCCAACCCGGUGUACGAGCGGGGCGCCGCCGCCGGGCACGGGCACGACACGCCGUUCGAGACACCGGACGCCUCGCCGUCGCGGUGCGGGAUCACGGAGGAGGAGCGGGGGGACGGGGCGUUCUCGCCGCCGCUGCCCAUGAUGAGGAAGCUCCCGCCGCUGGGCGUGCUGGCGUGCCCCCCGCCUGCGGUCUUCGACGGCCGGCCGCCGGUGACGCUGUGGCCCGGCACGGUCGCCGACGCCAACCGGGCCUCGUCGUCGUCGUCCAACUUCACCGCGCGCUUCUUCUCCUCGUAGAUCUUGAUUCGGUUCACUGUUUUUGCUCUGGCUCCUCAGACCUCAGUUGUAUGGCUCGUUGGAUUUGCUAGUUCUUGCACUUGUUUUCCUAGGAGAGUGUAACCCACAUGAUCUAUGGCUGGAUGAUGCAUCAGUUUCUGGUUGCAAAAUCAAACUCUGUUCAUGUGUGAUCUACACAAAACUCUCUGCUCUCACUCUAGGCCAAAAUGCUCAAAAAACCAAGCUCUAUCUCUUUAUUUUUCUUGGCAAAGGAAACCAAGUUCUGAAUCAGAGCAUCGAGUUGCGAAACGAGGCUUUGAUGAUUCCAAUGAUCAGUG